AUGUCGAUGUGGAUGUCUAGGCUGCGGCUGGGCGAGCGAAUUGCGCCUGCCUCUGAUCACCCGCCCCGUGCGCCGUGCCUGCUGGUGGCCGCGCCACAGGAGUCAAAGGCCAAGGAGUCCAUUGCAGCGCUCAAGGCCGAGGUCACGCACCUGCAGCGGCUGGCAGAGGCGGGGCAGGCGCUGAGCAGCGGCGAGGAGGCGACGCUGGCGGCGCUGGUGGACCAGAUCUUGGCCAUGCGGUCUGAGAUGCUGGAGGUGGCGGAAAAGAUCUCUGAGAAGAGGAGCGAAGCGGAGCGUGAGGGGCGCAAGCGGGAACGGCUGGAGAAGGAGGCGCGGGAGCUCAAGGCGUCUGUCGAGGCGCGCACGACCGAGGCACGGUCCAAGCAGGUGGAAAUCCAGGCGGCAGAGGAGCAGGUGGCGCGCCUCGAGGGCGGCAUCAAGGAGGCGAAGGCCGCCACAGACAAGGUGCAGAAGGAGUACAACGCCCUCAGCGAAAAGGUGGUGAAGCUGCACCACGACCUGGAGGAGCAGGUGCACCACAAUAGCCAGCUCAUGGCGGACAACGGCGCCCGGCAGGUCGAGAUUCGCGCGCGCGAGGAGGAGCUGGCGGUGAUUCGCGCUGAGGUGGCGCGCGUCAACAAGGUGCGAGAUGCGGCGCUGAAGAAGACCAAGGCGGCGGAGGAGGCGCGUGAGGCGCUGGAGGCGGAGCGGGACAGCCUCAGGAGCCAGAUCGCGUCCCUGGAGCGCGAUGUGGCUGUGGCCAAGCAGGAGGGUGAGGCUGAGCGCCGCAAGCUGGAGGACCUGAAGCAUGAGAGGGACAUCCUGCUCAAGAUGAGGUCAAACGCCGAGAACGCGACGUCGCGCCAGUCUGAUCUGGUGCGCGUGGCGGAGAACACCCGCAAGAACCUGGAGAACGAGAUCAACGGGUACCGAGCGGAGGCGGCGCGCAUGAGCAAGUCGAUCUGGUCCCUGGAGAAGGAGCGGGAGAAGUACAGCGGGGAGGCGGCGGAGGCGGACGCAAAGUACCAGCAGGUGUGCGGAGUGCGGCACGAGAUGCAGAUGCUGGUGUGCGAAUGGUCGUUUGUGCCGCAGCACCACUGCCACGGGCGGGCCCUGGAGGAGGUGAAGGUGCGCGAGGUGGCCAUCGUGGAGCUGCAGAAGCGUAUCAGCGAGGGCGAGGGGCGCCUGAAGCAGCAGCAGGCCCUGUAUGAGGCGGUGCGCGCCGACCGCAACCUCUACAGCAAGACGCUCAUAGAGGCCCAGGACGAAAUUUCUGAGCUCAAGCGGAAGUUCAAGAUCCAGGGGCACCAGGUUGACCAGCUGAAGGAAGAGAUUGGUGUGAAAGACCUGGCCCUGGUCAAGGAGCAUUUUGACCACAUGAAGGUUGAGAAGGAGAAGGACGCCCUGCGCAUGGAGCUGACCAAGGCCAGGGCGCAGAUCGGGGAGGCGGACGCCGCCAUAGGGGCGCAGAAGUCUGAGCUGGACAAGCUCAAGGCAGUGGUGGUGGAGGCGGACGCGGAGCGCCUGAGGCAGCGCAAGGAGUACGACCUGGUGAUGGGGGAGCGCGACAUCCUGGGCAGCCAGCUGAUCCGCCGCAACGAUGAGCUGGCGCUUCUGUACGAGAAGGUCAAGCUGCAGGGGGCGGCGCUGGCGCGGGGUGCGGUGCAGUACAGGGACAGGGUGUCUGAGAUCCGCGUGCUCAAGGUGCGGCUGGCUGACCUGCGGCGCCAGCUGCAUGUGCUGCGCUCAGGGGCUGCCAACGUCGACGUCCUCAAGCGCGAGGUGACGGGGGCUGCUGUGGCGGCGCUGGGCCGCAGCCUGCUGGCGGAGCGCACCAAGGUCAAGGCGCUGAGCGAGGAGCUGGAGAACCCCCUCAACGUGCACAGGCGCGUGCUUUGGGGGGCGCGCGGUUGCGCUAGGUGGCGCAAGCUGGAGGGCAGCGACCCUAGCGCGUAUGAGAUGAUCCAGAAGAUCCAGGCCCUGCAGAAGCGGCUCAUUGCCAAGACUGAGGAGGCCGUGGAGAAGGACAUGCUCAUCCAGGAGAAGGAGCGGCUGUAUGUCGAGCUGAAGAACAUCCUGGCGCGCCAGCCCGGCCCCGAGGUGGCGGAGCAGGUGGCGCUCUACCAGGGCAGCCUGCGCGGCAAGACCAAGCAGCUCAAGGCCAUGGCCUCGGAGCUCAACAUGGCACAGGCGCAGGUGGCCGAGUACCGCUAUGAGAUCGAGCGGCUGGCAAAGGAGUUGGGGGAGCUGAAGAAGCGCUGGUUCGAUGCAAAGCGGCGAGAGCAGCAGCAGCAGCAGCAUCAGCAGCGCAGCAGCGGUGGCGGCGGCGGUACGGGCGCGCAGAAGCAGCAGCAGUCGGGCGGCGCCGCGGGACCCGCGGGAGGGGGCAGCAGAGACGGCGGACUCGGGGUGGCCGCGGCCGGGCAAGCGGUCAAGGGUGGCGGAGCCGCAGUGGUGUGA